AUGCUGCUGGUCUAUGUGAUCCUGAUCUCGGCUCUGGCCGGUUCCUGCAUCACGCUGCUGCUCCAGCUGCUGCUGCUCUACAGGAGGAAGCCGGAGCCCCCCGGGGUGGCCAGAGCCCCCAGCGGCCUCUUCUUCGCCAGGGUCCUGCCUGACCACAGCCUCAGGGACUAUUUCCACGGCUCAGACCCGGCGGGCAGCCAUCAGCCCCAGGAGCCUGCCCCUGCCGCCGCCGCUGCUACCCCCUCCCCGGGCGCCGCCAAGCCCCAGGCUGAGCCCGGCGCCAAGCAGCAGCAGCAAGAGCCCCCUGCGCCCCCUUCCUCCCGAGAGGAGACCUGCUACUUCCUCAAUGCCAUCUGCCUCUUCCUCUUCAGGGAGCUCAGGGACACCUCCCUGGUCAGGCACUGGGUCACCAAGAAGAUCAAGGUGGAGUUCGAGGAGCUGCUGCAGACCAAGAUGACGGGCAAGGUGCUGGAGGGGCUCAGCCUCAGGGAUGUGUCGCUGGGCGACGUGGUGCCCAUUUUCAAAUCCAUCAAGCUCAUCCGGCCAGUGAUCUGCAGUGAUGAGGGCUGCCCUGAGGAACUGGGCUUCGAGGUGGAUCUGGAGUAUAAUGGUGGCUUCCACCUAGCCAUCGAUGCGGACCUGGUCUUUGGCAAGUCGGCAUACCUCUUUGUCAAGAUCUCCCGGGUGAUGGGGAAGCUGAGACUGGUCUUCACCCGCUUGCCCUUCACGCACUGGUCCUUUUCUUUCAUGGAUGAUCCUGUGAUAGGCUUUGAGGUGAAAUCCCAGUUUGAGGGGAGGCCCAUGCCCCAGCUCACUUCUAUCAUCGUCAACCAGUUCAAGAAGGUCAUCAAGCGCAAGCACACCUUACCCAAUUAUAAAAUCAGGUUCAAGCCAUUUUUUCCAUUUCAAGUUAUGUCACCUGAGGAAUAUGAAGAUCGGGAUCUCAACAUACAAGAUUUUCCAUUGACAGAAGGCCGACUUAAAAUUACCUUAAUAGAAUGUACAAGAUUACUGAUUUUUGGAUCCUAUGAAAGAGAAACGAAUGUUCAUUGCACAUUUGAGUUGAGCAGUAAUGUCUGGGAAGAAAAAUCUCGGAGUUCCAUUAAAACGGCAGAACUAAUUAAAGGGAAUUUACAAAGUGUUGGACUCACUCUCCGUCUAGUGCCGUCUAAGGAAGAGGAUGGAGGACAUGUUGUUGUUGAAACUGUUACACCAAACUCCCCUGCUGCAGCUGCUGAUCUUCAACGGGGAGAUAGACUUAUAGCAAUUGGAGGAGUUAAAAUCACAUCGACUGUUCAAGUGCUAAAGCUUAUCAAGCAGGCUGGCGACAGAGUUUUAGUGUUCUAUGAAAGGCCCGUUGGUUAUAAUCAGCAUGGUGCAGCACUGCAGGAUGGUUUUGGACAGUUAGAAGACCCUGCUUUUCUGGCACACCCAGAAGAGGAACAAACUUGUGUUUCAGCAGAUGCUGAUAACAAAGAACUGGAUUCAGAAUUUGAAGAUUUAGCUUGUGAGAUAAAGUCACCUGAGCUCAAAGAAGAGAUGCCAACAACUCAGAGUCCCAAACGUUCUGUAGUAACAUUUGCUACUAAACCACUUGGAACAAUAUCUCCAAUUCUAAAUCGCAAGCUACAUUUAGGAAAUUAUCAGACAACUUUAAAAACACAACCAAAAGAUGGAGUCAAACUGGUAGUACCCAAAAGUUCCGAGGGUCAGGACACAUCACAACAAUCAGUUAGACCACCUCAGGGGAGCAGUACUAAACCUCCUGUACCACCUAGGCCACAAAUUAAACUUACUUUGCCUUCUAGUGAAACUCAAAAUCUGUUAGAAACAGGAGACAUAUCUUCUGAAAAACCAGAGAGGCCUCCUCCACCUGCAAACAAUGGAGAUAAAUGCACAGAAAAGGUAACAAAAAAUAAUGAUCAAGUGGAAGACACAGCGAUAUCAAAACCAACAGUAACAAAACCAGAAAUAGUAAAAGAUACAAUUUCAGAAAAUUCACGUAGUUCUAAGGAAAGUGAUGACCAUCAUACAUGGGAAUCACCAGAAAUUCCUUAUCGCAAUCGACAAGGUCGAUGGGCAAGGAUAAGGGCAUCCUCCUGUAUAUUUGAAGUGGAAGGAUACCAUAAGUACCUUAAUGUUGCACUUUGGUGCAGAGACCCUUUCAAAAUGGGUGGUCUUAUCUGUUUAGGACACAUAAGUAUAAAACUUGAAGAAAUUGCUUUAGAUUGUAUAGCUACAUCAUCCAUGGAAUACCUUAGAACACUUAGAUUAAACGCUCCUGCGCCUAAAGCAGCAGUCACUAGAACUGCUUUGCGCAAUUUGACAGUGCAUAAGGGAUUCAAUGAAAAGUUUUGCUAUGGCGAUAUAACUUUACACUUUAAAUAUCUAAAAGAAGGGGAACCAGAAGACUCAAGUUUUCUGCUGGAGAAGGAAAAGGAAUAUAAUUUGGUAGAAGAAGUUCAUGCACUUCAGAAAGAAGAUCCUUAUCUGGGACAAAUGAUUUUUACGGAAAACAAGCAUAAUUUUCAAGAUACUCAGUUCCAGAAUCCAACCUGGUGUGACUAUUGCAAAAAGAAGGUUUGGACUAAAGCAGCUUCCCAGUGCAUGCUCUGUGCUUAUGUUUGUCAUAAAAAAUGUCAAGAAAAAUGUCUAACUGAAACCCCAUUUUGUGUAGGAGCUGAAAGGAGACUUGACCGAAUUAUGGGAAGUUAUAGGAUAGACGGGCAGGAAGGUCCUCAAGCUGUAUCCUCUCGUGUUGAUUCAGAAUCUAAAUCUGUGAACAAAACCACAGGUUUAACAAGACAUAUCAUCAACACAAGUACCCGUUUGUUAAAUCUUCGUCAAGUCCCUAAAGCUCGUCUUGUUGAGCCAGGGAUGGACAUUGUAGAACCUUCACCAAAGCACACUCCAAACACUUCAGAUAAUGAAAGCAGUGACACUGAAAUUUGCAGUCCAAAUAGUCCCUCAAAACGUGCAGUUAGCACAGGGAUAAAGUUAGCAAAAAAGGAGGGAGGACUAGAUGACAGUGUCUUUGUUGCAGUAAAAGAAAUUGGCCGUGAUCUCUAUAAAAGCUUGCCUACAGAGGAAAGGUUCCAGAAAUUAGAGUUCAUGUUGGAUAAACUGCAGAAUGAAAUAGACCAAGAAUUGGAAAAUAAUAAUUCACUCAUUCGAGAAGAAAAAGAGACAGGCGAUGCAAGGAAAAAAGCACUAAUUUCUGCUGCAUUGUCUAAAUCAGGUGAAAGACUGCAAGCCCUUACACUGCUUAUGAUCCACUACAGAGCAGGCAUUGAGGAUAUAGAAUCUUUGGAAAAUGCACCUUUAGACCAGCAAUCCAGAAAAAUGACUAAAUAUGCAGAAGACACUAGCACUACAGAAGAAAUGGAUCACGAAGAUGUCAGUGUGACGGAGGCUCCAACAUUCAACAGCAUAUCGGAAGAACCGCUUGACACUCCUCACUCAGUAGACUGA